AUGGCGAAAGGUAUUUGGAUCUCGGAUGAAGAACGCGUCAAGAUUCUUCAGAUGCGCAAGGACGGGGUGCCAGUCUCUACAAUUGCCAAGAGAACGGAACGCAGCACCAAUUUCAUCUACCGGAUCUUGAAGAAAGCCAACGGUCCAGCGCAGAUCAAAACAAAGCACAAGACUUUCAACACUUCAGCAAUCAAUGGGCCUUCUGCUUCAAUUGCUGCUGCAGAGCGCAACGAUAAACGUGAUCAACUGUCGGGAGAUCUCACCGACUCCAAUCCAGCGUUUCUAUGCGCUGUCGAAGGCAUGGAAGUGUCAUCUUAUGAGCCAAUUCCAAUGCCAAGAUCAGUGAAAAGCUUUGAACAACGUUACAAUCAAGUGCAACAAUCGCGACUAGAAAGUGUGGACGUCAACGUUGGCUUUGCUAAUGCGCCAGUUGUCUCUGAUCCUGUUAAACCUCAAAGUGUUGAGGCAACGGACGAGUUUUGGCUGUUGACAGAUACGACGUCAUCUAGUCGUACAUUGAGUUCAUCCUUGGAUACUUCCAAACGCAACCAAGAGCAGAGACAAUUGUCUCUACAACCGCUGAAAAGGCAAAAGACUUCAGCUGCAACAGCUCAAAAUCCGGAUGAGAAAAACACCCAAACAACUUGUACACCGACAUCUUCAUCGUUGCUUGCGGGCCUCCAGCUCCAAUGCUCUCAUACAGCAAAAAACAUGACUGCGGACUCUAUUGAUGGACUCAGUGAGCUUCUCAAACGGAUUCAAAACGAAAUUCGACGACUGGAAGGAUCAGCCCAAUCUGAUGUGUAUGAUGCUCAGCUGCUACAGUUGCUUGUCAAAUUUUACGCAGAGAUAUUAUUUAUGCAGCUUCAAAAAACUCUCUCUGAUGCUGAGGCUAGUAAGCGUAGCAGGGAUGCAGAUACCGACGGUAACGAAACAAGUCGAUUGCUCCGCGAGAAACUGGCGAAAGAAAUCGCCCUCUUAAACGUCCAGGCAGACCGCGAAACACUGGAGCUGGAGCGUGAGCGAAUCCGACACAAAACGACGUCGAUGAUUUGUCGCAAAACUCUACUGGAUGCCAACACGCCUCAAACCGAUGUGGACCAACUCUUCUCUUACCAGUAA